AGGGACACAGAUAUUCUCCGAAGAUGCCAGGAGAGACUGACGUAGACAGUGCCUCCUUGUCCCCUGUCUGGGGCUUGAGGACUCAGCUCAAGAGGCCGCCGAGUGCUGGCGAGUGCCGGGGCAGCAAGCGGGACCGCAAGGCCAUCAACCUGCAGGUGAAGCUGGAGGUGCUGCGGCGCUUUGAAGCUGGAGAGAAGCUCAGUCGGAUCGCCAAGGCGCUGGGGCUGUCCACCUCCACCGUGGCUACGAUCCGAGACAACAAGGACAAGAUCCGGGCGAGCUCCCAGGCAGCCACGCCACAGGCGGCCACCAAGCUGACGCGAAGCCGCAGCCUGGUGAUGGAGAACAUGGAACGUUUGCUUAGCGUGUGGAUCGAGGACCAGAACCAGCGUAACGUGCCUAUUAACGUCGUGCUCAUCCAAGAGAAGGCUCGUAGCCUGUUCGAGGACCUCAAGCGGGAGCAGGGCGAGGGCGCGGAGUCUGAAACGUUUGGGGCCAGUCGCGGGUGGUUUGCCCGCUUCAAGGCGCGCCACAGCCUGCAUGGCAUCGGGGCGAGCGGUGAGGCCACAGCUGCCGACGCGGAGGCUGCCAGCAAGUACCCUAUCCUGCUGCGGAGAGUGAUUCAGGACGGCGGCUACACGCCCCGGCAGGUGUUCAAUGUGGACGAAACCGGGCUUUUCUGGAAGCGGCUGCCAGACAGGACGUUCAUUUCCUUAGAGGAGAAGUCAGCCCUCGGGUUCAAGGCUGCCCGGGAUCUCCUGACCCUGCUUCUCGGCAGCAACGCGGCCGGUGACUUCAAGCUGAAGCCCUUGCUGGUGUAUCCCUCGGAGAACCCGCGUGCCCUCAAGGGCUUUUCCAAGCCCAACCUGCCCGUGGUGUGGCGAUCACACAAGAAGGCCUGGGUGACCAUGAGCCUCUUCCAGGAGUGGUUCGUGCACUUCUUCUGCCCUGCUGUGGAGAGGUACUGUGCCCAGAACGGCCUCCCGUACAAAGCACUGCUCAUCCUGGACAGUGCCCCCGGCCACCCCGGGAACCUGGACGACCUCUCAGACCAUGUGCGCGUGGAGUACUUGCCGAAGAACACCACAGCCCUCAUUCAGCCCAUGAACCAGGAUGUAAUCGCCACCUUCAAGGCCUGCUACUUGCGGAGGGUCUUCCACCUGCUGGCAGCGAGGGCAAGUGGACCGGACAAGCGAUCUGCCAUCCGGGACUUCUGGCGGGACUACACCAUCCUGGAUGCCGUAUACAACAUCUCCGAGUCCUGGGAGGAACUCCCGCCGGCGAUGCUGAACGGAGGGUGGAGGAAACUAUGGCCUGAGUGCGUCCAGGGUAACAAAGGCACCCCGCAUGCUGAUACCCUCCUGCACAUACGGCGGGACAUCGUGGCACUGGCGAAGAGCGCGGGCUUCCUGGAGGUGGCGGAGGCCGACAUUGUGGAACUACUGCAGUGCCGCAGCGCGGACCUGUCCAACGAGGAGCUGAUGGGACUGGAGCAGGAGCGUGCGGCCGGGGAGGAGGGCGAGGACAGUCCGCCCGCCCCCCGCCAGCUCACAGCUCGGCACCUGGCCAAGGCCCUAGCUCACUUUGACGCCGGCCUGCAGAUUGUCAGCGACAAUGACCCCAACCUGGAGCGCAGCCUCAAAGUGUGUCGGGGUGUCAACAACAUGAUCAGCUGCUAUCGGGAACUCUUCAAGGAGAAGAAGAGAGGCUCCAAGUAG